AUGUCGCGCAUUGGCGACUCUAAGGUUGGGACCAUCGUGGCUUUGAAGUCACGUGACCAUACGCCAAGUCGCUUUAGGACAAGGCAAAUCAAAAUUGAAGAGGGCUACGUAGUCGCUCAUUCAUUCCCCUGCGCGAACUUGCAACAAGCAGCUUAA